UGAAAGGUUGUCCACUGCUCGGCGCUUCUACACAACUGUUUAAUGUCUAAAUUCGGCUUGAAGAGCUUACUUGGCACUUUCUGGUGACGAGAAAAGCCAUCGCGACGGUUCACUGUGUGCGGAGUCUGUCUACAGUUACUACAAGCACUGAUGUAGCAGUGUUGCGACAGUUGUGGUGCUCUCCCUCUACCUCUGGUCCCCAGUGCCUCACUGCAUGACCUCAGACAACCGAGAGAUCCACGAGGGGAAGCAGCCCCUUGCUCACCCAGGACCCUUUUCUCUGGACUCCUUCCUCUGGACUCCUGACUGCAGCCCUCAGUAGCCAUCGCAUCUUUAAACUCAUCUCCAGCAGAAGAAACAGCAGGAGUUUUUUCCUCACAGGAGCUGAACACCUCCACUUGGGUCAGUGGAGGUGUUGAAGAGCUGUCCCCCCUCUCUCCUGAAUAUCCUCUUUAAGAGUUUUUUUUUUUUUUUUUUUUUUUUUCUCCUGGUUGGCUUGAGUCCGGUUCUGCCGGCCGUGUGACUUUUCAAAACUGGGGCGCGAUUCAUGGGAUGCAACCAUGUCGGAUCUCAGUGAGCGCAGGCCGGUCAACACGGACUAUGCUGUCUCCUUGCUGGAGCAGCUUAAGUUCUUUUACGAACAGAAAUUACUGACUGAUGUUGUGCUGCUGGUGGAGGACACGGAGUUCCCAUGUCACAAGAUGGUCCUGGCCACAUGUAGCUCCUAUUUCAGAGCGAUGUUCAUGAGUGGCCUCAGUGAGAGCAAACAGACCCACGUCCACCUGAGGAACGUGGACCCGGCCACGCUGCAGAUCAUCAUCACGUACGCCUACACGGGCAACCUGGCCAUCAGCGACAGCACCGUGGAGCCACUCUAUGAGACCGCCUGCUUCCUACAGGUGGAGGACGUCUUGCUGCAGUGCAGAGACUACCUUGUGAAGAAGAUAAACGCUGAGAACUGUGUCCGCAUGCUGAGCAUCGGCGACAUGUUCAGCUGCAGUGAGCUAAAGCAGAGCGCAAAGCGCAUGGUGGAGCACAAGUUCCCCAUGGUGUACAGGCAGGAGGCCUUCCUUCAGCUCUCCCACGAUCUGUUGAUAGACGUCCUGAGCAGCGACAACCUCAAUGUGGAGAAGGAGGAGACGGUGCGUGAGGCAGCCAUGCUGUGGUUGGAGUAUAACAUGGAGGCACGUUCGCAACACCUGUCCUCUGUGCUAAGUCAGAUCCGCAUCGAUGCACUGUCUGAGGUGACGCAGCGCGCCUGGUUCCAGGGUCUGCCACCCAAUGACAAGUCUGUGGUGGUGCAGGGCCUCUACAAGUCCAUGCCCAAGUUCUUCAAACCUCGGUUAGGCAUGACGAAAGAGGAGAUGCUGAUCUUUAUGGAGGCCAUGUCAGAAACGCAGGGUGAUGGAUAUGUGAUGUCUGGGUCCUUACCUACCACAGUAGUGUGUUACAGCCCGCAGGCGGAGAAAGUGUACAAGCUUAACAACCCACCAGGAGACCUGCAGAAGGUGGGAACCCUCGUUACACCAGACAACGAUGUGUUCAUUGCUGGUGGACAGAUCCCUCUCAAAAACUCAAUCACUAACCAUGGAAAGAGUGGAAAGUUACAGGCGGUCUUCCGCUCCGUUGAUAGCUUCUUCUGGUUUGACGCCCAGCAGAAUGCCUGGGUACCCAAAACCCCCAUGCUUUGUGCCCGAAUCAAGCCCUCGCUGGUCUACUGCGAGGGCUACAUCUAUGCAAUCGGGGGAGAUAACGUUGGCGGCGAGCUGAACAAGCGCACGGUGGAGCGCUACGACUGCGAGAAGGACGAGUGGAGCAUGAUGAGCCCUCUGCCCUUCGCCUGGAACUGGAGCACCUCUGUGGUGGCGCACGACUGCAUCUACGUGAUGACCCAUGACCUGAUGUACUGCUACUUCCCCCGGGCUGACACCUGGGUGGAGAUGGCCAUGCGCAAGACAAGCCGCUGCUUCGCCUCUGCCGCUGCUUUUGGUGACCUCAUUUUCUACAUCGGCGGCCUCCACGUGGUCAGCAACUCUGGCAUCCGCUUACCUACGAGCACCAUCGACGGCUCUUCAGUCACUGUGGAGAUCUAUGACGUCAACAAGAACGAGUGGCGCCAGGCCGCCAACAUCCCCGCCAAGCGUUACUCGGACCCAUGCGUGCGGGCAGUGGUGCUGCUUAACUCACUGUGCAUUUUCAUGCGUGAAACCCACAUGAACGAGCGAGCCAAGUACGCUAUCUAUCAGUACGACAUGGAGCUGGACCGCUGGUACCUGCGGCAGCCUGUGUCCGAGCGCGUGCUCUGGGAUCUGGGCAAGGACUUCCGUUGUGCAGUGGGGAAGCUGUACCCCUCCUGCCUGGAGGAGUCCCCCUGGAAACCCCCAACCUACCUCUUCUCCCCCGACGGAGCCGAGGAGUUCGAGGUGGACGGGGAGCUGGUGACCCUCCCUCACGUAUAGCUCUUAUCCUCCCCUCCCCUACCUCGCUGACUGAACCAGGAAUCUGUAAUGCAGAGGGACAAACAUGAAGGGGGGGCAGUUCGGUUCUUUAAGAUAUGAAAGGGUUUGACGUUCUUUGUUUCAUGGAGGGAUCUCUGGACUUUGGAGGCUUGCAUUCGCUCUAGCUGUUGCUGAUGAACAAUGCAGCCCAAAACAUGUUUGAAAAGACGCCCCUCAAAAAUACUAGUAAUCUGAAUUUUUUUUUUCUUAUUUUGUCAGUUGUGACAUCUGUUAGAUAUUAUUACAAGUCUGUCAUACUGUUUCUACAAUGUGAUAAUCUAAACGUCGACUGAUUUUGUGAUGAUGAGGAUGAUGAUGCACUUAACUGGUAAACCUUCUCGGAAUGACAAUGGCAACUGUACCAAAAUCCCCCAGCCCCCCCUCCUCCGAUCAUGGCUUCCCUCUCUUCCCCCUCCUCUCCUCUUUUUCUCUUCUCUCACCACUGAUAAAGGAAUACUCAGAAGAAAAUCAUUUGAGUAUAAAACAUCACCUGAGGCUUUAAAGACUAUCUUAAAAGUUAUGAGCUUGCUCCUUUGUGGAACGUAGGAGUUGUAGUCAGCCUGGACUCAAAGACUCGGUAUCAAAAUGCUCCAUAGAAACCUCUCAUAGCACUCAUGUAGCAGUUUCUGCAGCAUGAGUGCUAUGAGAAGUUUCUAUGCAUGGUUUGAUGUUGAGCUUGAUGAUAUAUAUAUUAUUGACCCUGGAAAUUGUGGUUUGACAAGUAAAUUUGGCAAAGGGGUCCAAUUAUUUUACUUUCAGCCACAUCUCGUGGCCUUCAGUGGAUACACUUUGCUUAGUUUUUAGGGAAAUGGUUUAGUGGUUGUCACGUGACAAACUCCAUCUGUUAACUUUUAAAUGGCCAAGAGAAAUGUCGGAAAGGUCCAGAAAAUUUCUAGUAAAUGGACUUGGUGCUUUUGUCAAACUACUGAUAAAUAAUCAAUAAUGAAACUUUAAGCUGAAUUAUUGUCACAUGAUAAUUAAACCAUCUCUCUGACAAGUGAGAAAACUCGAUCUACUGAAGCCACGUUGUGGUUUAAAGUUCUGGAAAGUUACUGGCAAUUGGACGUUGUUCUGAGAACGUUUUGUCAAAUGUUUUGAUAAAUUUUGAUCAGGGCUGUUUCUACAGAUAAUUUGCAUUUAUAAUCAAUCUGUUCACUAUUUUUCAAAUUGAUUGAUUUAUCUUUUAGGCUACGAAAUGUCAAAAAAUGCCCUCCACAAGUUUCCAGAGCUCAAAGCUUACAUCUUUAAAUAGCUUGACCUUUCUAACCAGCAGUCCAGAAGUCAAGAAGUUUUAAAUUUACAAAAUUGUUAAACAAAUCCUUACAUUGAGAAGCCUGAACUAGAGAAUGUUUUGCUUGAGAAAUGACUGCAUGGAUGCAGUGUGACUGGUGUGCCGCAGCAGAGCACAUCCCUGUAUAGUCAACUGAAGCUGCUUCACUGACUGCGCAAGUCAAGCUUGCCAGCGCAGGCAUAGAGCUGCUCAACACACUGCUCGAAGCUGUUAUCACAUGACAGAUUUGUGUAAAAAAAAAAAAAAAACAAGUACAAUCUGUUUAAACAUUAUCACACCUCAUUGUACCAGAUUGAUGCAUCCUGUAGUUAAAACGAUCCAGUUUGUUGCUUCAGUACCCCUUAUGAUGCUUCCUAACCCUCAAUAUGCACACAGUGAAGCUGGCACAGCAGGUUAAAAAAAAAAAAUAAUAAGAAAAAAAACGCGCUCCACCUACAUGACGUGUUGUGUAUUUUGGCCAUCACAUGUAGAGCUGAAACAACUAGAUUGGUGUAAAGACAAAAAAUUGGCGAUAAUUUGGUAAGUGUUUUAUUUGAUUUGAACUAAGGUUACUAAUUGAGCUAUUACGACUACAUUUUAUAGAUUAAACAGUCAAUAAUGAAAAUAAGUGUUAGUUAGAGCUCUACUUAAACGAUUCUGUCUAUUAACUUAUCCUUGUAGCACAAGUUUAUAGACAUGUUUUCUUGCUGUGGUUUUGGGUUUCCAUUUGAAUCCAGGCUAAAUACAAUUACCAUCCUCCACAAAUGAGCAAAAUAUAAACAUUUCAGAGCCACAUCUCAAAGCUUACAAGUAUUUGCUAGAUUUUUUUGAGUGUUCCUUUAAAAACCGGAUCCACACAUUUCUUCUUCAACAAAAAGGCCCCACAGACGAGAGGAACAGAGGCCGUAGUUUUUGGGAGGGGUUGGAGGGCUGACGGGGGAAACAAGUGAGAGGCGGAGAGGGUUUAAAAAGAGGGUGGCUGCAGGUCCGGCCACCUAUCACCUCUCCUCCUUCACCGCUUUGCCCUCCACCCCAACUCUACUAUAGCGCCUCCGCAGCCCGUCUGUCAGUCUGUUUGGACACAGGUCUUCCACACAGCCAGCAGUUUACACCUCACUCCAUCUGUCGUCACAUGAUCUUUUGUUUUUCUUUCCACGAGGGUCUCUGCAAACACACAACUCCACUCUCAUUAGGUUUUGGGCUCAUGCUUUUUUUUUUUUUUUUUAUUUCCAAGCUGCUGAAAUAUAUAUAUAAUAAAAUAUAUAUUUUUCAUAUGUUUAAAAGACAACUGUUCUAGUGUGGGGAAAAUAACCAGGUCUAUUUUGUAUUAGUGUCUUUUUUUAAUUUAAUAUUAAACAUUACUGUAGUGUGAUUGUGGGUAGAUAUCCAUUUUCCUAUCAGAUUUAAUUUUUCUUGAGUGAAUAUUGAGGAAUCUUGCUGCUGAUUGGUUGUGAGAGGAGAGGGCUGGCCCACGGCUGUUGCUACGGAAAUUGUUCCAGCAACCACUAGCAGUAGUGGAGAGGGCGGGUUGGGGUUGGGGAGGGGAAGGGCGGGGGUCUUCCUCCUACCUUUAAAAACAUGAGCACAGGUGCUUCAUGACAAACCUUACUAGCAUGUUUGGCUGCAUCAUAUUCCUUUGGCACUGUAUUUUGAAUGAACGUUAAUUUAUUAAAAAACAUACCAAAAACGUUCCUGAAA